AUGGACAUUUCAGAUGAAAAUUGCAAUGGAAGCACUUUUGAUACCAUGAGUGUUUCUAAGCCAAAUGGUCACGAUUCUCUUAUGGCAUCCCAUCCCCGCCCAUCUCGAGCUACCCCUGCUUCGACAAGAAGAUCGAAACAUGCCGCAUCCGCUUUACCUCAGACCCGCAAGGCCUGUGAAUCUUGUCGACAAAAGAAAGUACGAUGUGAAGGCGGUCGUCCAUCCUGCACUGAAUGCAUUGCUCGACAGUUGGUUUGCAUUUAUUCAGUACAGCAACGUCGUAACAACCAUCAGCAACGCAAAACACCUGCCUGGACUCCAUCUCCAAAUCAUAUGCAAACCAUGAGGGUCAUGGAACAAAGACUCUUGGAACUUGAGCUUAAGCUCAAUCAAGUAGCGCCCGAAAAUCAAAAUGGUCUUGCGCCUACUUCUAUGAAUCCUGCAUUCGCCAUGUCACAUCAACCUUCCUUGCUACAACCAAGCCAUUCCAGGUCACCUUCUGCAACCCAACAUUCCGCCAGUCCAUCCAUCAGCACUGAUCAAUCUACUCUAUCCGACCAUUCACUUUUUCAAGAUAGUACAACCCAGUCACAACAAUUGCAAGAAUGUGCGUCGUCGUAUUUUCAAUCUCAUCCCAUACCAUCUAUACCCGACGCAUCUUCUGUUGAUGACCUGCCUCGAUUCAGUUUUGAAGUAUACACUAUUCUCCAUCAACAUAUCUGUUCGGCCUUUCCUCUUCUUACGGUAGACAAUCCCUAUAUCUCUCUCAACAGUCCGUUUAUUUUGAAUGCAGCCCAUGCUGUUACAGCACGCUAUACCACCAGACCUCGGCGUGGUGCUCCUCUCUACCACAAGGGCAAAGCUUAUUUCGAGCGGGCUAUAAAUAUGAUGGGUGAUGUGUUGUUGGAAGGUCCUUCUUAUACAAACAUUCUAGGCAUGCUACUACUGUCAUGGUGGUGUGUUGGUAUUGGAUGGUGUGACAAGGCUUGGUUAUGCACAAAUAAUGCCGUGUCAAUGGCCCAUUUACUUGGAUUGCACAACGAAGUACGCUAUCCAAGCAAUGUAUCCCCUUUAGAGCAGCAGCUUCGACGCACUAUUUGGUGGAUUUUGUACGAGUGUGAUCGUGAAGGUGCAAUUUCUAACCGAAUGCCUUUUAGCAUUCAAGAGUCAAGCCCAAAGCUUGUUCCCUACCCUGCGGAUCUAAGCUUCAUUACCGCCAAUCGUGAAAGUCAGGAAUCUGAAUGGGAGAUGGGCAUCAAGCGUAAAGACAAUUCUUUUUUAUUGUCCAAACCUACUAUGACUAAAAGUUCUCCCUGCCUUUCUAUGGGAGAAAAAGCUGCUGAUUCAGAGCCGGUCCUUGUUGCUAUUUAUGAUGAACACCAAAACAAAACUUUUGCCUUGCCAGAUACGUUUUUUGGAAAUAUCGAUCGUUUAUCAGAGCUGCUUCAUAUCACAACUCGAUUACACAAGCUUUGUAUUUUUGAAGCUGAAUUGGACCCACUAAACUCUUCAAUCAAUAUUCUCAACAAGAUUUCAGCUGACAGACAUGAAAUUCAUAACGAUCUGCAUAGUUGGCUAGCCCAACUUCCUAAACUCUUGCAACAUCCACACUCCAUCUACUUUCCACAACCCAAGUUAUUGUUUAGACAAACCUGGCGCGAUGCAUACAUUCUCGCUCUAUACCACUCAUCAUUGAUUGAGUUGCACUUGCCAAAUCUAGCACGAAUGGCGGAUCUGGGUUUGCACAGUGUUGUGUGCUCCGAUCCUAUCUUUUCCAUCUGUGUUGACUCGGCACUUGUAGUUGAGCGUAUUGUUACCACCAUGCUAGUGCAUAAUCGAUAUGGUUUGUAUAUGCCACCAGGAUUCCAUUGCACGAUUCUUCCAGCAGCAAAACUUAUAUGGAUUGUAGCUCGAGUUGGAUAUAAGCCUCACGAAGCUCAUUUACACUACCAGGCCGGACUACACACUCAAUCUGGCAUUGACACCAUUCACGAAAAGUUUAUCCAGUUCAUAGAAAAUUGUCUAGUCUAUUGGUGUGUUUUACACAAGCACUUGGAUAUGCUACGCAUGUUACGACGAACGUUUACUCCAUUGCUUACUGCACCGAUAUAUAAUGGCGAAUGUGGGUCUAAAUCUAUUGAAUCUACUUUUCAGAAUGUUGCGUCGCUAUCCCAUCAUACCUAUACCAAGGCUACUGGAAGCGGCUGUGUUAGCUUGGGCUUGAGAAAUGUUGAUGAUGGCGAUAAAAUUGGUGCUGAUUUGGCUCAACCUUUUGAUUUGCAGCCUACAGCUGAAAAGCUGUUUGGAUUCGACCCAUUUUAAAAUGCUGAAUACAUAUCGACAGUGAUUUGAUUGAAUUUUAGCCUAGUCUGGCAUCUAAUAGAUCUGGUCUGAAUAUACUAUCAGCAAAUAAGCCAAUAGUUGGAUUACCGCUUUUUUCAAUAUCAAUUGCUUGCCAUUUCAUCAUGCUUAACUACAACAUCAUCCAACUACUGAUUGAACAUGCAGCCAACCUAUACUCCACAUCUACUUGUGUAAUAAACAAUCCGACAUUUUCUCAU